AUGGAAGAAAAAGCUAAGCCAACGUACUCUAUUUUUCGGACCGCCAUUAUAAAGGCGACACCCGACGAUCUCAAAUGCAAAUUUUAUUGUAAUGGAAGUACCUGUAAAUACUGUAUCCCAAGAACUUCAUCUCAAGAUCAUCAAGCUAUAGAGGCAUUGUAUUCUGAUUGGGUUGCGCCAAAUAUCCUCGCCAUGGCACGUCCAUUAGCGGAUCAUUUCCAGCGCUUUGACCUGGAACAUCAUUUCAAGAGGGCCGGAAUUCGAGCUGUCUUAAACCUUGAAGAACCAGGAGAGCACGCGCAAUGUGGGCCCGGUCUUCUCCCAUCGGGUUUCACAUACGAGCCUGAAUGGUUUAUGAAAGCUGGAAUAUAUUACUACAAUUUUCCGUUGCCUGAUUUUGCGGCUUGCAGCACUACAACCAUACAAGACAUUGUCAAAGUUGCCUCUUUCCAUCUCAACGAAGGGAAAAUAGCUGUUCACUGUCACGCAGGACAUGGAAGAACUGGAAUGGUUAUUGCUGCAAUUUUCGUCUACCGGGAAGGAAUGAGACCAUCAAGUGCCGUUAGAAGGGUGCGAAAAAUUAGACCACAAUCGGUCCAAAGUCAUCCCCAAGUUUCACUACUGAACACCAUGAAGCCGACCUUAACAAACGAAACUCUCAAUAAAGUGGUACAACCCGAAUAUUGUGGAGUUGAGGAAGCAAUCGAAUUCCAACGAAAUCUUCUCAACCCUUGUGAAGCUAGAAAGUUUGCUCACAUUCCAAAGAUCGUUUGGACAACCUGCUAUGAGCUACUCUCGCGAUACUAUGAAACUGUCAAUAUCCGAACAAAGCACUAUGCUUCUACAAAAAGCUGGGCCGUCGAUUUUGAGCUCAAAGACGAACAUUGCAUACCAGGUGACGACGACUUGAUUUCUCCAGCAUUCAUCAUCGGACUCCUAGAUCGAAAAGAAUGUAAAGAUUUCACCAAAUGGCUAGCCAAAGAGGAGAAGAGCUUGAACCUCGAAAAUCUUGAUCAAAAAUUAAAAACUCUGCCCAUUGGACAACUUUUGUACCUACUUGAUUUGCAUAUGCGUGAAUACAAAAAGCUGUUGACCGAAAGUGAUCUAAUCGAAGUUUUGAGACGGAAUCACUCAACGAAGACGAUGAAGAUUCUGAACGCCAACGAGUUUUUGUUUCUAUUUUUACUGAAAACGUUCGGCCGCAUUCUCAACAACUAUCGCCCAGAAUUGGCCUUUAUCACUUGUCUAUGGUGUACAUGG